AGCACGAUCAAGCAAUCAACACACAUAUGAUCUGUUACCAAAGAAAGAUGUCAGAGAUGAGUGGGGUCCUAGCGAUGGUUAAAGAGCACCUCGCUCACAUCCGCCCCACGAGGAGCAAAUCAAUCUGCCAUACCGGACGCGUCUCAAUCGUUGACAGUACAACAUGUACUGUACAAGUAUAGAACGUGGUGUAUUUUUUCCCUAGUACAUUCCUUUCGUCUGCAACUUGAUAGUUCAAGCUCAAUCUUGCUGUGAUGCCUCAUUCUAUUUCUCCAGAGCCGGAAAGAAAUAUCCGAGUAUAUAUCGAUCGAGGUGGGACAUUCUGCGAUUGUAUUGGUGUUAUACAUGGACGAGAAGAUGUUGUUAUAAAGCUCCUUUCCGUCGAUCCAGCCAACUACGAGGACGCGCCUACUGAAGGCAUCAGACGAAUCCUUGAGAUUGCUACAGGCAAAGCUAUACCCCGCGGCGUGAAGCUCGACACAUCUUUGAUCAGCUCGAUCCGAAUGGGAACCACAGUCGCGACGAAUGCUCUUCUCGAGCGUAAAGGCGAACGCUGCGCAUUGCUGAUUACAAAGGGCUUUGGACAAUUGCUAGAGAUUGGACAUCAGACGAGACCGAAGCUAUUCGACCUCAACAUACGAAAGCCGGACGUGCUUUACUCAAAGAGCAUCGAGAUUGACGAGCGAGUUACGGUUGAUAAUGCUCUGGCAGAGGACAAACAUAUUGGGAGUGUCGUGCAAGGUCUCAGUGGCGAUCCUAUCCGCAUACUAAAGCCACUUGAUGAAGAGGCAAUUAAGCGGGAAUUGCUCGCACUCUAUAACAAGGAUGGGUUCCGGAGCAUUGCGGUCUGCCUUGCUCAUUCAUACGCGUUUCCGCAGCAUGAGUUGCGCAUUGCGGAAAUAGCUUCCGAAAUAGGGUUCACACAUAUCUCGUUAUCGUCACAACUCACUCCAAUGGUCAAACUGGUGCCUCGUGGCAUGUCGGCAACGGCUGAUGCAUAUUUGACUCCUGAAGUAAGUCGAUACAUCAAAAGCUUCAGCAAUGGGUUCGAAGGAACACUUGAAUCACCCAAAAAUGGGUCAAUCCGUUGCCAGUUUAUGCAGUCUGAUGGUGGACUCGUCGAUUUCAAGAAGUUUUCUGGCCUGCGUGCUAUCUUGUCUGGCCCAGCUGGCGGAGUCGUUGGUUAUGCCAAGACAAGCUACGAUGAUUUCGAUGGGAAACCAGUCAUUGGUUUUGAUAUGGGUGGUACCAGUACAGACGUUUCUCGGUUUGCAGGCAAGUACGAACAUGUCUUCGAGACUACUACGGCUGGAAUCACAAUCCAGUCUCCCCAGCUAGAUAUCAACACAGUUGCAGCGGGAGGUGGGUCCAUUCUGUUUUGGAAGAAUUCUCUGUUCAAAGUUGGACCAGAAAGUGCUGGAGCCCACCCUGGACCUGCGUGUUACCGCAAAGGAGGACCUUUGACCAUCACAGACGCAAAUUUGCUCUUAGGAUAUCUUCAACCAGAGCACUUCCCAAAGAUAUUCGGCCCAUCCGAAGAUAUGCCACUUGACACGGACACUGUUCGCCAUAAGUUUUUCGAGUUGACUGAGCAAGUAAAUGCCGAAACAGGAAAUAACUUCUCACCAGAAGAGGUCGCUCUUGGAUUCAUCAAUGUUGCAAAUGAAGGAAUGUGUCGUCCCAUCAGGUCAUUGACCGAAGGCAGAGGAUAUGACGCUCGAAAUCACAACUUGGCAGUCUUUGGUGGGGCUGGUGGACAGCAUGCAUGUGCUAUCGCUAGAAAUCUACGCAUCAAUACUGUGAUUAUUCACAAGUAUUCAUCGAUAUUAAUCUUCGAGCCGAGCUCGGAGGUUCUCACCAACGAAUCGAUUCCUCGUUUGCGCCAACGGCUCCAUUUACUAAAGGAAAAGGCCAAAAUGGAACUGAUUGACCAAGGCUUCACAGAAAGCAAUUUUCGAUUUGAGCUAUACCUGAACCUCAGAUAUAACGGAACUGAUACGUCGCUCAUGAUCAUGGAGCCAGAGAACGAGAAUUUCGAGGAAGCUUUCUUAGCUCAACAUCUGAGAGAAUUCACUUUUACAGUUCCUGGUAGACAGAUAUUAGUUGAUGACUUGAGGGUACGAGGAAUUGCUACUGACGGUACCAUAGCAAAGCAAACAAAUAUUGCGCAAGAGAUACAGGCAACGAGGUCUCUGGGUAUGAUGGUUGAUCUGGCUACAGCAAUCGGCUCUGCUGAGGUAUAUUAUGAAGAGCUUGGAAGAGUUUCAUCUCCAAUCUUCAUGCUCCAAGACAUUCCUAGUGGAACAAAUGUACUGGGACCUGCCACUAUUCUUGAUGUUACACAGACAAUCAUCGUCCUGCCAAACGCAACUGCUUUGGUAAGAUUACUAUCCGAUCAUGUUGUCAUUGAUGUUGGCCUCGGUGCAAUCAAGAAAAUCCGUGCAGAUUUGAUUGAUCCAGUUCAGUUGUCGGUUUUUGGACAUCGCUUCAUGAGCAUCGCCGAGCAGAUGGGCUUGACACUACAGAAAACAGCCGUUAGUCUAAACAUUAAGGAGCGUCUGGACUUCAGUUGUGCUAUCUUUGGUCCAGAAGGAGGUUUAGUCGCCAAUGCUCCACAUGUUCCCGUUCAUCUUGGAAGCAUGCAGAAUGCAGUCAAAUAUCAGCACGAUGUGAACUUGGGCAAACUGAAGCCUGGCGAUGUUCUCGUCACAAAUCAUCCUGAAGCAGGAGGCACGCAUUUACCAGAUAUCACCGUCGUCACUCCGGUUUUUGACCAAGAUGGUAGAGAAAUCAUCUUCUAUACAGCAUCAAGAGGUCAUCAUCGUGACAUUGGUGGACUCGGGGGCAUAUCAGGCAAUGUGAAUUGUACAACUCUUGAACAAGAAGGUGCGCUCAUGAAAUCCUGCAAAUUAGCAUCUGGUGGCAUGUUUGAUGAAGCAGGCAUUACCAAAAUCCUGUGCGAAGAUCCAGCACAGUAUCCGGGAUGCUUAGGAUCUAACAGCAUCAACGAUAAUCUCUCGGAUCUCAAAGCUCAGAUGGCCGCAAAUCAACGAGGAUGCAUUCUGAUAGAUGAAUUGUUCCGCGAAUACGGCACAAAAUGUGUUCAAGCUUAUAUGGCAGCAAUUCAGAAGACAGCCGAAAUCGCAGUCAGAGAUUACUUGAAAAAGGUCGCUUCGAUCUAUCCGGAGCCUCUCAAGGCCGUCGACUACCUCGAUGAUGGCACUGAGAUCCAUCUUGAAGUCCGCAUUGAUGGCGAAACAGGCAGUGCUGACUUCGACUUCACUGGCACUGGACCCGAAAGCUAUGGAAAUCGCAAUGCGCCACCUAGCCUCGUGUACUCUGCAAUUAUUUAUGUGCUACGAGCCAUGAUCGAUGAAGACAUACCGCUUAACCAAGGAUGUCUGAAUCCUAUCAAUGUCAUCAUUCCCGAGAAUACGGUUCUUUCGCCUUCCUCGGGUGCUGCUGUCUACACUGGAAACUCAUUGACAAGCCAGCGAGCCACAGAUGUAUGUUUCAAAGCAUUCCGAGCUUGUGCUGCGAGUCAAGGGUGCAUGAAUAGCGUGCAGAUGUAUGGUGGUAGCAAGGCAAAAGUGGGCGAACCAUUUGCGGGCUUCACAUUCAUGUACGGCGAGACAUUAUGUGGCGGAAGUGGAGGCGGACCAACGUGGGAUGGAACUUCAGCUGUUCAUACCAACAUGACCAACACUCGAGUCAGCGAUCUCGAGAUUCUAGAGAAACGCUACCCGGUGCUCGUCAAACAGUUCGCCAUCCGUCCUGAUUCUGGUGGGGAGGGUCUUCACCCAGGCGGUAAUGGCGCCAUCCGUGCUUUUCAAGCCCGUGCUCCAAUGACAUUUUCUCUCAGCUCUGAACGUCGAGUUCAUAGACCUUACGGGAUGAAUGGAGGUGGACCAGGGAAAUCAGGGAUCAAUCGUGCUAUUUUGCAUUUGCCUGAUGGGAAACAACGAGUUGUGAAUAUUGGGGGAAAGGGCAUGAUUGAGUUGAAAUGUGGCGAGAUGGUUCGUGUUCAGACUCCAGGUGGCGGUGCUUGGGGAGCGAAAGAGGACAGGAGUGCAGGUGAGGGGGGACUCAAAGAGGAGAGGAAAGAGAAAGUGCAAUAUCCUAGGGGUACGGGAAGUUUAUAUACAUUUGCUGCGACACAGAAUGAGGGAUGAAAGCGGGUGCAUCGAAUGGGAAGAGCAACAGACUAUUGUAGUUAUGUUUGAUCCUUCUGCCUCGAACAGGUCAUUGAAACAAAGUUGUUUGAUUACAGGGCUUGGAAGAUCUGUCAGAACUCCAAAGUGCUUUUUCCCCAUGGCUUGAAAUUCUAAAGUCAUUGAGCAAACCCCAUUUAUCGCAUGGGGUCGGGCGCCAAAUGCGGGAUUUGCGCUGAUUGCGCUGAUUGCGCUUUGAAUGCCAGAAGCCUCCAGAUUACAUACCCGACAUUUCAGUAGUUUGGUAACACGCGGAGUUGAAUAUUCUUUACCCUGACACCGUAGACUACCUAAUGCAGAUCCACAUAGAACGAUGUCAACUCUUGGCUGUCUGGCAGCCACUGUCCGCUGCCCAUCAUUGUGUCCGUAUCCAUAUUCAUUCCACCAGCCAUUGAAGCGUCGGCAUCCAUACCUCUCCAGAAGUUCUGAAACGGCUGAGAGAUCU